AUGGCACAGCAACGAAAUCAUUCCUUUCAUCAACGAAGGGACGCAAAUGUCCAGUUCUUGAUCGUGUCCCGCCAUAACAAGCCGAGGAUGUCUCAGGAAAAGCACGAGGUGGCAGAUGGACCUUGUCUUGUGCUUCCCUCCCCGACAUUUCCAAGAUUUGUCACCACGAAUGUGUCCCACCCUAGGGAUCCAGAAAUUUUCACCUGGGAACAUGCAGGAAAACAUAGGACAUUUGAUGCCAAUCUCGGAGCCAUGAGAGGUGUCUCCGCAAAACUUGUGGCCCUCCCGGAGAGAUCUGGAGAUGCAACACUUUUCAGGAAGACACAGGUGUUCUUUUGCCAUCGCAAGCUAGACCGUUCGACAUGCGAGGAAGGUCUCCAAGGCAGACACUGGGCUCUCCUGUUCCGCUUCAAAGGCGGUAAUCAGGCAGUAUACGAGGGAAUCAAAUCAGCCGGGGGUCGACUCAUCCCUUCAUUCAGGCAGGACCUGGAAGAUGGCUUCGAAUGGGAGGUAGAAGAAAUUGCCAAGAUGCAGUUGUCUCCGCUAGCAGUGCGUGAUGCUGCCGCUAGCAUGAACCGUGACAGGAGAAUCAAACAUGCGGGCAUGGGCAAUUGUCAGCUGUGGGUCUUGAUGUUGGUACAUGGACUUAAAAUAAAAUGGGAUGAACAACCCAGUCUUGUCAAGUUUCGUGAUUUGCUCAAUACGAGAAGCCUGCCAUCAGGUCGGACCUAAGGUCAUCAUAGGCAGGGAGAUGGGUGGUUUUUUCCCAUUAAAUGGCAGGCUUUGAAAAUGGUAUUUGUUCCAUGCUCAUGCUUUCAGCAAAUUUGUCGUGUGUCUCUCUCGCUUCCGCUGCUUUAUCUGUGAUUUGUUGUACCUUUCCUGAGUCAGUAUCAUGUGCCAUGAAUGAAACAUCGCUUUUGAUUUUGUUCUUGAACGUGACCUAAUCAUGGACCCUGAUGCAUGUGCGAAUUCAUAUGGCGCC